AUGUUUCGGGACGAGAGUUCUCAUGUGAUCAAGAAAGCGACUGCCAAAUCCAGGAAGAGGAAGACCCAGUCGCCAGACAAGACUACUACUCCCUCGCCGACCAGGCCGGUCCCCACGCCGAAGACACUGACUUGGUCGCCGCCAGAGUCCACUUCAAGCUCUAGCCCGAGGCGACUCCCGGUAACGCCCUCGAUUUCGACCUCAACGGCACAUAGGCGGGAAGUUUCCGUUGCCUCACAGCUUCAAUGGUCCCCCGUGUUCAAGUUUGACGAGGCAGACAAGCGGCCCUUAAAAGAAGAACCCGAUAUACUCUCGCCUGAGGACCUGUUCACUCCCUCAUAUUAUCACUUCUCACCCAGCUACCAAGAGCGAGGCGUGAAUUUGUUCAUUAACCGUUACAUCAGCGUGAGCGAGAACUUUUGCCAUCACAAAUAUGACUUCCUUUUCGACCUCUGGAACCCAAGCACCGCAAAUGAGGAGAGUGACCCAGUCCUGGCGAGUGUGACGGCCGUCGGUCUCGUCGGCGUCGCGCAGAUGACAAGGUCCCAGACCGCCCUGGACGCAGCGCGGAAGAGCUACGGCAAGGCUCUCAAGUUGACGAAUGCCGCACUUCGGGACCAGACAGAGGCGGUCAAGGAUACCACCAUGCUCUCAGUGCUCAUCCUUGGCCUCUUCGAGAUGAUCGGUGGCUCGAGCGCGAGGACCACCGAGGCGUGGCAGAAGCACCUCAACGGCGCCGCUGCCCUCGCCAAAAUCAGGGGCAUGGCCCAGUUCAGGUCCCGCGCAGGAAUUCGGAUGUUCUUCAUGCUCACUCAGAACACAAUGAUCAGCUGUAUUCAGAAUGAGCUGCCGAUGCCCAAGGACCUGAUCGAUCUGCGCAGUCAGCUCGGUGUAAUGUUCAAGUUGAACGGCAGGGAACCCGGAUUCGAAAUCUGCAGCGCCAUGUAUAAGGUUCUGCAGCUGCAGUAUGACAUCAAGCAGAACAUCGUCACGGACCUGGACGAGAUGCUGGACAAGUUUACCGAGGCGGAGGACGACUUCGAAAGGGUGGUCACCCUCUUCCCUGACGAGUGGCAAUAUAGUAAAUACCGCCUCACACAGCGCCUCCGGCCGGGCUUCUUCAACAACGUCUGCCAUUCUUACCCAAGCCUCCGAGUGUCAACGAUAUGGAACGGUCUGCGGACGUGCCGCAUGCUCAUCAUCGAGACGAUGCUGGAGGAACUCCGAGAUCGAUUCCGGCGCGUGCCCGUCGCUCAGGUACCGGAGCGGCACCAAUAUGAAUACCAGAAGGCAAAGUUCAAGCUGGAGAGAAUUGCACUCGCAAUCCUCGCAAGCGUUCCCCAGCAUUUCGGGCUCGUGCCGUUGGACGGAAGCGCCCAAGGCACAUUCGCGCCCAUACCGACCGCCGACGACGCGUGGCCUCAAAUACCUGACAGAGGCUGGGGUGCAGAGCUUGGAGAAGACGGCGGCUCCGACUCCCACGACUUGGACGAAGAGGACAACUACUGCCAAAGCCCUUCACUCAACAACGCCAUGCAAGUCAAGGAUGUGGAAGCGAGCGCCAAGCGCUUCAUGCUCUUGUCCUCUGUUACGAACGGUUUAGUCUGGCCGCUGUACCUCGUCGGGAUGUCCACAGCAUCUUCGGACGCAAUGAGGGCAUUUGUAGUCGAGAGGCUACACGCCAUACACAACGAAACAGGGCUGGCUCAGGCAAAAGACCUUGCGGCUGUCGUUGCGAGUCGUAAACAGUCCCCCGAGUCAUCAGUACGAAGGCCCAAGGCCUGCGGCUCGACAAAUUUCAACAGAUGGGAAAGUCAAUAUGCGAAAGGAAAACAACAGACAAUGGUGCUGCCUGUGUAA